AUGGCCCAGGUUUCACAGGUAGCAGAGCAGCUAAGGCACAAAGAUGCUCCUUCCCAGAUGGACUUCGCUACCAUCCUGGCAACAGACAGAGCUGCUACCGCCUGGGCCGGGAUUAUACCCCACCCCGUCUGGCUGGAGACCUCCAUCAGACCGUUAUUCCCUCCCCCACCCCGUGCGUUUCAGAGCCAGUCCCGGGACGAACCUGAGACCCGCGAUCCUCACUACCCCGGGAUUGUCGAAUCCACUGAAGAAUAUAAAUUUGUGGAGAGACUCAUUCCACCCACCAGAAUUCCUGCUCCCCCCAAACACGACCAGUACCCCACCCCGUCUGGCUGGAGACCUCCAUCAGAUACUCCACCUGCCCUUCCUUACUUUGUAAGACGUUCCCGGAUGCACAACGUUCCAGUCUAUAAGGACAUUACUAGUGGCAACAGGCGGAUGACUGUCAUCAGGAAAAUUGAAGGUGAUAUCUGGGCCCUGGAGAAGGAAGUUAAGGAGUUCCUCACUCAGCUUGCUGGGAAACCACCACCUAUUCAAGUCAAUGAAGUCACUGCUAGCAUCCGUAUUAAAGGCUAUUUUGACAAUGAACUGAAAGAGUGGCUGUUGAACAAGGGGUUUUAAAUAAACAAACAGUUCUGUUUUCUUUGUGCUGAUUAAUACUAUCUGUCCCCUGCUAAGGAUGAUGUGUUCUUGCUUAUAACUAAUCUAGAUCCAGAUGAACCAGCUGCAAGGAACCACAGGGGCACAAGUUUCCAGUAACCUCUAUAUUAUACCCCAUCAAAAACAGGAAAACUCAUGUUAUCAUAUUAGCACAAUAUUGUUUGCCAAGAGAGAACUGUACUACGACACCCACAUGAACAAAACUCCAUCUUUUGCUCCACAGAAGAAUACGGUCUGAUUAAUUGUAUGUUUAUUUACACCACAUGAAAUGUACAGGAAAAGUUUACAAAAUGACCCUUCCCUGGGUGAUUGUUGCAAUAAAGUUAAUUUAAAAAAAA